AUGUCCGAUCCCUCGGAAGCUAACAGUAACCAUGCUAAUAAUAACAACAGUAACGCUAAUAGACGUCCUUACUGGUGUCAUCAAUGUCAACGGGAAAUAGAACCUUUAAUGGCUCCAUUACCUACUUGUCCUCGAUGUAACAGUGAUUUUGUGGAAGAGAUUGAUGAAAGUAAUGAUCCAAGGGAAUUUGCUGAGCAUAAUACUCAGGAACACGAUUCAGAAGAUGAAUUCGAAGACUUUGGUCCCAAUUUGAAUGCCACUCCUGGCGGGGCUGGAUCAAAUGAUGUAGUGCAAUUAUUAUCGAACAUGAUACAAUCAAUUUUUGCAAAUGGAGGACAAGAAAGUGGUGAUGCACGAGUUAAUGCCCCAAUGCUUAUUACCCAAGUGUUACAACGAGCAUUUGGCGAAGGUGCACAGCAGGGAGUCAAUAAUCCUUGGACAAAUGUAUUCAAUAUGGUUGGUAAUCCAGGGGAUUAUGUUUGGGGUCCAGGUGGAUUAGAUAAUAUAAUCUCACAGUUAAUGGAACAACAAGCUGGAAGACAAGCGCCGCCUCCAGCUUCUGAUGAAAUAAUAAAUGAUUUACUGAAGACGAAAAUAAAUAAAAAACAAGUUGCGGAGGAGCAAUUGAAUUGUCCAGUAUGCAAAGACGACUUUAAAGAAGGUGAAGAAGCAACAGCCUUACCUUGCAGUCACUCUUUUCAUGACGAAUGUAUCAGACCUUGGCUAAAAAUGAAUGGAACUUGUCCGGUGUGCUCAAAUGGAAAUUUUAAUGGGAAUGGAAGCAGUGGUAACUUUAAUGCUGGUAGUUUUAACGGUAACUUUAAUGGAAAUCAAUCAUCAUCUUCACAGUCUCAUACAAGUUGGAAUUUGCCGGGAACAUACCCGUCCACUCCACGACAAAAUGCACAACAAAAUAGACGACAAGAUGAACACGAUUCUGCUUAUGAUCCGAAUAACAUUGAACCAUUUGAUUGA